UCAGCUUUCUUAACUAGUCCGUGCGUUCUGUAUGUAUCUUUGUGCAGCCAGGCAGUGUAGUGCAGCACUAAGCAAGCAAGCUGCCAGACCUGGACCUGACACAUCUGGCUAGGCCAGGACACAGAGCUGCGAACACAAAUUCCGCAGGAACGGGGUCCGAUCAAGACGUUGGACGGCAUCGCCUAGCUCGCAGCAGGAAGCGCGAAGCCAGUAACCGGCCGCGCGCAAAUGUCUCAUUGCCAAUAGAUCGGCAACCUUGGUCCCUUCGAGUUUACAAUCUCGCACCCCAUCGCAGCUCUCCAUCCAUCACCAAUCCCGCCACGCGGCGGCCCACCCAUCGUUGCAAUGGUUGCGCCAGCUGUCCCCGAGAUCACCGAAGAGGUUAUCCACGAAGCCAUUGAUGCCCGCACCGAGUCUUUGAUCGCUUUGCGCGAGCUUGGCCCCCCCGAUCUCGUUCACCUGUUGAAGCAACCUCUGAGGAAUCCAACAAAGCAGAUCGGUGUUUACCAUCAUGUUACCGGCGUAGACGCAUCGUCCUCGGCGAGUCUUGCUGCCUAUGUGAACACCUUGACGUAUAAGGAGUUCGGGCAGGGGGCGACUGCCAAAACCGUCGAGGGAACUUACUGCUGCUACAAUGCAUUCUCUCGAGUUGACAUGCGCGUGCAUGCUCCCUUCCCCGGUUCCGUCGAAAGCUACUGCAUUGAUGAGCGAGGCGAGAAGCGGAAGGCGACCGACGAGCUCUGGCUCGAGACAUAUCUCUGCAGUGUACUUCGAGCCUAUUCGUAUGCCGACGACGGCAGUGGCGACACAAUUAAAAAGAUUAUGGGUGUCAGGCGAUUCAACCCUGUCACUAGCACCGAGACUGAGCAUCGAUUCCUCAGCUCUGCCGAGCAGCUAUUCUUCAGGGGCUGGCAGCUUGGUUCUGAUGCGGUUGUGCAAGUUCCCAAUGCCGUUUCCAACCACCUGACAACCGGCAUUUUGAAGUAUUUUCACACAACUGGCCGUUAUGCAUCGGGAAUCAACCUCUUUGAAAAGCUUCGCUCGCAGAAUGUUGAAGUAGCCUCGCUGCUAGCCAAGGUCUUGUUCAUGGGCAAUGAGGAAGUUGAAGGGGUUCGCGUUCUCCACGAAGCUCUCAAGGAACACCCCAUGGAUUACGUGAUGCUCGACACCCAGGCAGAGUUUUUGCUGAAGAAGGCCGAGAUUGCAGCGACGCCGGAACAAAAGGAGGAGAGGUUGCGCAUGGCCCUCGGCUGCGCGGACCGGAGUACUAUCGCCGCACCAAGUGAAUUUGGGACGUGGGCGAGACUUGCCCAGGUCUAUGUUGCCAUGGAAGACUGGGAGAAUGCCCUCACGAUUCUCAACUCUUGCCCCAUGUUUACCUACCAGGACAAGGACGCCCCUAUCAUGCCUGAGCCUAAGGACGUUCUUCUCCCCACCCUCCCCGAGACGAGGCUAGACGAGAUCGACAGCGAGCCCGAAUCAAGAUACUUAGAGCAGGUUGACCCGAAUCUCCUCAAUCUCCGCGCGUCCGCGUAUCGAGGGACCUUUAAACAGGCAUAUGGCAUUUUGACCGAGAUGACAGCCAAGAUCGGAUGGGACCAGCUGUUGAAAAUUCGCAGCAAUGUUUUCGUCAUGGAAGAUGAGUACCGGAGCGAGAAGCAGGAGACGGUGCAGCAGGCGUAUCCCGCGAAACGCAACGCUAGCACCGAUGCACUCCGCGGAACUCCGGAUCCUGCCACCAAUGGCGAUGCCUCUGAUGGCGAAGGGGAAGAGGACGCGGAGAAGGACAACGAUACGCUUAAAGAGGCCGACAGCGCAUCUAUGGCGCCCACUCUUGUCGCCAAUGGGAAGGCCGCUGAUCUGGAGAGGCCGUCCAGCGCCAUGGAUCCGGAAGAGGUCAAGAAGGACGGCGAGAAUGGUGACAUUGAUGAGCAUUUCUCGCGCCUGAACAAUAAGCGACUCUGUGAACGCUGGCUGGACAGUUUAUUCAUGGUUCUCUACGAAGAUCUCCGUGUUUACACUAUCUGGAGGACACAGAUGGCGCAAUAUCGUGCGCAAAGCAUGCAGUACAAGAAGUCGGCCGAGGAAUGGGAGAUUCUCGGCAGCCUCGCCGAGCGACUGCAGCAUAUCGACGAAGCCGUAGAGGCGUACCGGGCUUGUCUGUCUCUGCGGUUCAGUCCCAAGGCGUUGACGGGAAUAUUGCGGGUGUUUGAGAAGAACAAGAACACGCGGGAGACAAUUGCCGCAACAAUCCGGCUAGUUACGUGGCAGUACAGAUGGUACAGCGAGUUCUCGCCCGAAUUGCUCCACACGGUCCGGAUGUUGAUCGAGGACGAGGGGGCCGUGAAGGUGAGGAGCAUUGUACAGGCCACGAGCCUGCCACAGAAUGUCCUCGACCUGACCCAUCACUACGCGGCGUUAUGUGCCACCUUCAGGAGCAGUGGUACAGAUGGUUGAUUGAGUACGUGGUCAGAACGAGAGGCGACGAGCAGUUUCAAUGUAGCUCGUUGCCUGUUUCUACCUCUUAGCAAGUUGUUUUUGCAGCGCUAGCUGGCGAAGGGUUUUCUCAAUCUUCGGGAAAAAAUUUCAUCACUCAAUUUUACUCGUGUCUUUUGGCCUCCCUAUAUCAGUCGUGUGUAAUAAUAUAAUUCCUUCGUAGUCGUCUUGCAAUGAGGAUGGAGGGUACAGUAUCCGUACCCUAACCAGAUCGAACCCAAGCACUGUAAAUCCGU